AUGGAUAUUGCACCAACCUAUCGCCAGCCGGGGUUUGGACCUUCCUCCGGCUCUCGCAAUCGACGGGAUCCUCCUCAAGACCAUACCUAUGCAACUGCUACGUCCUCGAAGAAAAUCCCACCCACCAACAUCGAACUCUGGCGCCGGGAAUGGUAUACUGCCCAUCAGCGCCGUGAUAGCCCUCAGCCCGAAGAAUUAAUUCUAAAGGCCCUGCAAGCUACGCCACAGAAGCGUCGUGCGCUUAUUCCUUCUUCGUUGUGUGCCACUGAAGGCUCUCGAGAAUUCUGGAUUCCAGCCCCUGGCCUGACGCAAGCGUUUCCACUGGCAGUGAUCAUGGACUCCCUUUUCACGUCAUCCGAGCCGGCCUGGAUCGAAGCAAGACCAUUUCUUUUUGGUUUUGCCUUGGUGCGUGGUAAAGGAAUCCGAUUUUUUUCCAACAAUUUGGAAGUCGGUACCACCUUGCGCAACUUGGAGAUGAACAUCUGCGGCUAUGACCAUGUUAUUCAUGCUCCCUCUCUGGUUGGGCAAUUUUACUGGAUUCAACUUCGUGCUCCUUCCACGCAAAAGAAUACCGAUGAGCCUCUCCGGGAAAUCUUUUUCCUUGAAGACCAGCCUCCGACUUUCGUUGUUCACAAGAUCUCAGCGCUGAAUGACUUUGUACCUCCCAGUAUCAAGGGCAAACGACGCAAAGUUCCAGUGCAGCAACCUCAAGCCGAUCAUCCGACUUCGCAUGCAACGGCCAACCAUCCGACUUCACAUGCAACGGCCAACCUUCCGACUGCACCAGCAACAAGUUCCAUUCCGGAACCUGUAUCGCCUGCUUCUUUACCUACGCUUAAAGACUCUCCGUCCAUUUGGCACAAGAAACUCAAAUCCCGCGCCAAGACAAAGCUUAACGCCUCUACGUCCACGCGCAACUGGGAAGUCCCUCUGUCGAACCGCUACGAAAUUUUGACCUUGGAUCUGGACUCCAACAUCCCCGAUUUCGAUCUCAAGGUCUUUCUUUCGCCCACGACACUUGGAAUUAGCCCAACGGUCUCCAAACCCAACUCCAAGCUCUUGUUGAAGAAACUGGCAAGCCAAUUUCAUGUCGACAAUAUUUCCAAGGAAGAUCUUACCUCGCUGGUCUCUGAAUUUUGCGUCCAAACUCUGGAAGAAAUGCAAUAUGGCGAUAAUUUUCUCCAAACCCUCCAAGCGCAACCGACCUAUUUCCGGUCUGUGCUUGACCGUCCUGGCCUGGAAGACUUCUGGAUCAACAAAGCUACUAGCCAUGCUUUAUGCCGCUUGCUCAGCAACACCAAGCCAGCAGCAUUCAAGAUCGACGGUCGCAACCUACCUAUUGCUCAAGUCCUGGAUGACUUUUGCAGCUUAUUCGAGGACGAAUUGGGUGACAGGCUCUCCCCAGGUGCCGCGCUGGAUCGACUGUGUUCCCAAGAAACCCCCGAUUUUUCCGCUCAAAAUCACAUUCAGCUGGCGUUAUGGGACCUUUUUGCAAUGAUUUCGGCUCCGUCAAUUUACUUUGACCCAUCCAAAAUGACCCAUGCGUCGCAGCCAAGCCUCUUGGUGUCUCUUGAGUGCUCGAAGCUCCUGCUAUGGUCGGAUGACACCCUCGCGGAAUGGGUUAACUCGGAGCUGGGGAAAAUCAUGAUCUCAUCUGCCACUAUGAGACCAUUCAGUGCUGCCUUCCAAGCACUCACAUCAACCAAUGUCUGCUCCAGCCCAUAA